AUGUCCGAACUCACUCCCGCUGGCGCUGCCUUUAGGAAUGGCACCGAUAGCAACGCGCCAAAAGUGAACCAUGGAGACAACGCAUCGGGACUCUUUCAAACACUGCAAGGUCAUGUCGACGAUAUUCGGUCCAUCCUACAAUGUGGUGUUUGCAUCCGACCUCUCUAUGAACCCUACACCCUUGCCUGCGGACAUACCUUUUGCUAUAGUUGCUUGACAUCAUGGUUCGUCGGUGGGAGGCACAACAAGACCUGUCCGGAUUGUCGGGCGCCGGUGAAAGCGCAACCCGCCCCCGCUUACCUGGUUCGCGCCGUUGUUCAAAUGUUCACAAGCCGCCCGGAGCUGCUCGAUAAGGGCGAGACAACAGACGAACACCUACGCCACCAACGCGAGGAGGCGGGGCGACUGGAAAAAGACAAACUGAAUACACACCCGAAAGAAGGAGGUCUGUUUCGGGGCACCUUUAACAAGAGGAUCCCAACUGCGCAACCUAUUGUGGAUCUGGAGGACAAUGUCGUCCGUUGUCCACGUUGUUCGUGGGAGCUUGAGGAGGAUUCGGGUUGUGUGCAAUGUGGAUAUCGGCAAGACGAUGACUCUGUGACAGACAGCUCUGGUUGGAGCGACUCAGAAGAAAAUUCUGAAAUGACAGACUAUCUGGAUGACGAGCUGGAAGAUGGAUUUGGGGACACUGACGACUAUGGUUGGGACGAGUAUCCUGAUGACCUGCCUCUUGAUAUCCGGCCCGCCGAACUAGAUCAACUCUACCGUCAAUGGUACGGCCUGGGUCCUGGUGAUCUUCCUCCAUCGCGCACAAACGCGCCCUUUCAGCGGCAAAAUCUCUUCAACUGGCCUUCGGGCGUUUCCUCGGCCCUCGAUGGGGAUAGCGACAUCGAUGAGGAUGAAGACGCGGACAUGGAUUCAUUCAUCGACGAUGACCUCGAGAAUGACAACUACUCCGAGUCUGACCGAUCUACGGUAGUAGGGCCGCAUGAGUUCUCGAUUACUCGCACAACAACUAUCGGAAGCGACGCCUUUGACGAGAUGUCAGACGGAAGCGAGGUUGAUGAAAGUCAUGAGGAGCAUGAUGAUGAUGAUGAUGACGAGGAGGAUGAGGAUGACGAGCCGAUUCGGCCGCCCGUAAGUGGAAUUCGACGCAAUCGAAUCCCCACCUACCGUAUACAGUCCAGCUCUCCACCUCGCGAAAACGGGACACCUGCUACAGCAUCAAGACAGACCGGAUCUGUUUCCCGAGCAACAUCCUUUGGGGACACACAGCGUCCCCAGCAGGUGUCCGCCGGGUCGUCUCGCGGGAAUGCAAUCAGCGUGGAAGAUGAUUCUGACGAGGGCCCCGUACGACCGACAAGGAGGACAAGGGAUAGGGGAAACUGCCGAACUUCGGCUUUCUAAACCAGCUCAACAUCUUCUCUACGACUCUAAUGACGAUUGAUAAUCUCUUGUUAAUGACAGCCCGACUGUGACUACUCUCUUGUUUGGUGCUAGCCACCAAUGCAUGAGACUUGAAAAACUCCUUCCUGUGCCAUAUCAGACACCUGCACCUCAUCAAUCGCGCUAGUGAAAAGGACCAAGGUGUUGUGUUCUACAGGUGUUAGGGAUUCUUCUGUAUCAUUGAAUGGCGAGACUUUAGCCUUUCCUACAAGCCAUCUAAAAAUACCCCCGUUUGUUAUCCGCUGUUCCUUGCCACUUCUUCUGUACCUUGGGUAGGGGUUGUUUGCUAGCGAAGUUCGGUUCUUUCUCAGGACGCAUGUAUCAUCAGGUAUCCUAGGGCAUACUUUGCCCCUCUUCUGUUCUACUCUAGAUUGCAAGAAUUGACAAUCUCCCCAUGACCGGGAC